UUUUUUUAUCUGGCUCCGUAGUCUGUUAUGCUGUACUAUCGCUGUUGGCCGCCGCGGUUCUCUCUCUUCGUCCAUGUGGCAACCAUCUGUCAACGACGACGAACAUUCGCGUGAGUAAUCCGGCAUCGCGCGCGAAACGCGAAUCGCAUCCGACGAUUUUCUUCCGUUUCGUUUGUACGCGUCAGCUACGUGAAGUCGCCACCAUGAUCAUGGACCGGGCCUUUUUGAACGUGAUGAUCCUCAGCUGGGGAUUCAUGCUGGUGUUUGCGGCGUUUCAAACGAUGGGCAACAUAGAGAAAACCGUUCUAUCGAGCAUCAAUCAAGACAAUCCCAACUUCACCGGGGACGCGUACACCAGCUUGGCCAUCAUCUACGCCGUGUUCUCGAUCUGCAACUGGUUGGCGCCGUCUUAUAUAUCGAUGACAGGGCCGCGGGUGGCAAUACUCACCGGGGCCUGCUGCUACGUCCUCUUCAUAGCGUCGUUUUUCUGUCCGAACGACGGUCUGCUGUAUGGCAUGUCCGCUAUCCUGGGUAUCGGCGCCGCGCUCAUAUGGACCGGUCACGGUCAAUACUUGACGGAGAACAGCGACAGCGAGACCAUGUCCCGAAACGCCGGUAUAUUCUGGGCGAUCUUCCAAUCUUCUCAGUUCGCCGGCAAUCUCUUCGUUUACUUCGUCUUCAACAGCGACAAGAUUGACGCGUCGCGACGACGGAUCGUCUUCAGUGUGCUCACCGCCUUGGCACUGGUCGGCACCUUAGUGUUAGCUUUCCUGAGAAAAGCGCCGCAGAAACUGUCGCUCGGUGAAGCCGAGGGUGUCUCCAGCGCUGACAAAGAGCUUCAGUUGCCCGAGCCUGUGCGGGAUAGACCGUUGGUGGCUGCUUGGCAAGCAUUCGUCGAUGCAUUGAAACUUUUCCUCACGCCGCGGAUGUUGAUCUUAUCGCUUACAUUCAUCUACACCGGCCUUGAACUCACGUUCUACUCCGGCGUGUAUUCCAGCAGCGUUGGAUUCACCGUUGCGAUGGGCGAGAAACGCAAAAGCUUCGUAGGACUGUCCGGUAUCUUCAUCGGCGUAGGCGAGGUCGUCGGCGGCGCGAUAUUCGGCAUCCUCGCCUCCAAGGUAUCCCGCAACUGCAGUGGCUCGCCGGUGGUGCUCGUCGGCCUGGUCGUACACCUGUUCGCCUUCAUCAGCAUCUUCCUAAAUUUGCCGAAUAACGCGCCGUUCGGCGAUACAGACCAAACGGCGCACAUAAUAUCCUCGCCGAUUCUCGCAAUGGCGGGCAGUCUUGCGCUCGGCUUCGGUGACGCGUGCUACAAUACGCAAAUCUACUCACUGCUGGGAGUCCUCUUCGUGAAGGAGAGUGCGCCGGCUUUUGCACUCUUCAAGUUCUGCCAGUCCGUGGCUGCGGCAAUCAGUUUCUCCUACAGCACCCACGCUGGACUGCACAUACAACUCCUAGUGUUGUUCAUAACUAUAAUCUUCGGCACGGGGGCCUUCUGGUAUGUCGAACGUACCGUCAAGAAGUCAAAAAACGAAGACCAACCAGAGGUCGAUCCUACACUCGUAGAGCCCACAAGCGGCGAAGAUUAACGAAUCUAUUGAAAUGUAAGAACACGCAACAGGAUCAUGCGCAAGUGAGAUCUCGUUACAAGAACAUUAGAAAAUCACGUGAGAGAUCUCCAAAGCGACAAACGUGUUGAUGGAUCGCAGAAUAUGAAGAGCGUAGGGAACGUACAGCGCAACAGCUCGAACUACAGACUCUGCGAUAAAUAAUUAUAUUUGAAUAUCCUCAAAUAGAUAAAUUAUUUUUCUAAACUUUUAGCUAUCAAACAGUGUUGGCAUCCUUCCGCAAUUAUCGGAAAUUUGUAAUAUCACGAAUUUUAAAUGUGAUUAACAUUCAAGUCUCGUACAGACUGCGAAAUAACACUACGAAUUAUCGCAUUGCAAUUCUUACUUGCUGAAACAUACCGCUGCAAAAGAGUUCUUAUACGUGCAAUAUGAUAGAAAUGGAUAUUGUAAUACAUGUAUGUAACAUGCCGAUUAAUUAUACAAUAUUCAUUUCUACUUCAAUCUGCAACUCAGGGUAACCGUGCAUUAGAUUGCAUUCUCUUCACUAGAGCAAUGCUUCUUCAUGAGGUGUGCAUGCGUGACUGUGUCGUCGCAAAAUGCGUGCAUUUGUUUGCAUCGACAUUAACGUUGUCAUCGUAAUUCCAGAUUAUUUGUUGCGAACUCGUUCGUUUUGUGCUCGGUACGUUUCUUUCGUCGCGAGAUCGGACCUAUUAAUGACGUUUCUCGUACCAUCCUUGCAAUGCACUGCGAUUUUUCACGUUGUUACUCGUAUUUAGCUAGUCUGUAAUACAAGUCCGCUAUAAGAUUCGUGUUUAACUAGUCCGUGAUACACAGUACGCCGAUCUUACGAUAAUGAUUGUAUGUAUGCGCACAUAGGUAGAUGGGUGGAUGGGUAAUUGGACGUAUGUGCAUAUUUAUACGCGACAUUUACAGCUCGAAGCUCAAUCGAAUUACUCGACAGAUUAAGGGAUCGUGUUCCUUUAACGUUUACCACGAGUGUCGUGAAUAACGUAUAGAUUAACCGUGUAUGCAUAUGCAGGAUGCGUUGAAAGCUGAACAACCGACGAAUUUACAGUCAAUUUUUCCUUUGUAAGAAUUAAGACAAUAUAGAGAAUUAUUACAAAGGAUUAGAAGGAUACAAUAUUACAGAAUAUAAGUCUCAAAUUUAGUAACAUUUAUGACAUAUAAUCCAUUCAGUUUAGUGGAUCAAGUAUGCAAUUAUGAGGAUUAUUAAUGUUGAUCGAAUAUUCUAAUCAAAGACAAUCAAAAUUAUAUUCAGGAAAAAAUGUGUAUACGAGAUGAUGUUAUCGUCUUUUCUAUCGGAAGAUUCUAGUGUUCCUGUUUGCAUAAUUUUCAUAAAGAGAAAAGGGUUUCACAUCUUUUGUAAUCCCUUAUAUAUGUAUAUAUUAUAUAUUCUAUUGCAUUCCACGAUACAUGUAUAUAUAUACGGAAUUUUCUUCUUUAUGUAGAAAUAUAUUACUCCUUGGAUAUGUACCUGAUAGAAGACAAUUGUAAUCUAUUUCGAAAGGAUGUACAAUUUCCCUUUAACACAAGUGAUCAAUUGAAAAUGAUCAUUAUUGUUUUUAUCGUCUAAUA